AUGUCUUUGUCUUUCACCAAGCCCAGCCACCUGACCUAUGAACGUCAUUUCGAGCGUGAAUGCGAGCUCUUCCAGGAAGCCCUAGAAAGGGAGGCCUACUCACUUCAUAAUAUGGAAGAUCGCCGCGCAGGUACUAUUCAAGUGAUUUGUGAUUUGAUUGUUCAGCUGGAGGUCCUCGGACAUGUCGCUGAGACUAUGGCCAGGAAAUCCCCGAUGUGUCCCACUGUCCUGAUCAGCCCGCCUAGUUAUUUCACUAGUGAAUUCCAGGCUUUUUGUCGUGCGAAGAUUCUGCCUGCUUUGGUUAAGUCGCUGACUUGCCUUAGAGAGUCGACUACUAUCUAUCGUGAUAUCAACUAUACAGUUGCUGGUCAGUUGGAGGCGAUCCAUGAUGACUUGGCUUUUAUUUUGGAUUGUCGGGAGUAG